AUGGAACUAUUGUUUCUUUCCACCAUUGUGGCUAUUUUGUGUAGCCUUUUCGUGUUCAGUUUGAAGUAUUUAUCACUAUUGAGAUGGAUAAGUGGUCGUGCUUAUGUUUUCAGCAAGAAUGAAGAUAGAUUAACGUCAAAUGAAGUUCUUCAUUUACUCAAAUAUUCCAAGCCAUUUCCAGUGGGAUGUCAGAAAGGCUGGAAAAUAGAUAGUUUUGCUCAUGGUCAUCGUGUGUGGUUCCAUUUUCUCACCAAACCAAACAAUGAUUCCUUGAUCAAUCUCAAAGUUCAUGCUGCUUAUAGUAAAGUUAGAGCUUCCUCACAGUAUGUCUUACAGUUAUUACGUGAUAUAUCCCUGACGUGUGAAUGGAAGCCAGGUGUUAUAGCCACAUCUUAUGUUUUAACCCACAAAGUAUCACCUGAUUCCCCCAGUAAAUCUAGGUCCUUACCACAUGUACAUAGAGAUAUAAUCAAGGAGGAGAGGGUAUUCCGCAGACCAGCAUGGUUCCAACAGACUUCCUGGCAGUCUUUAGUAACUCAGACAGUAACUGAGGAAUAUAUUAGAUAUUCAAAUAAAGAAGAAAAUGGUUGCUGCUGGUUAUUUCAAAUCAAUGAAGCUGCUGGCAAAUGGACAUUUUUUCUUGCUCAGCCUGUGGAAGAAACAGAUCAGUGUAUGUUGACCGUUGUCAGCCAUUGUGGUGGACAUGAUCACGAGAGAUCUCGCAGUUAUCCUGCUAAAAAUCUCUUGGCGUUAGAAGAUUUCUUAGUGUAUCGUAAAUUAGUGGCGACACCUUUGUCUUCCAUGACAUUACCUAGUCAUUCACAAGUUAUUACUGCUACAGAACUAAAUGGAACAUUGGAACAAGUUGAUGGAGGAAAACGGAAUCCAACCAAGUUUUUGACCCGUGUUCGUUCAUUUAUAUCUCAAGGAAGUUCCAGCAGACCAUAUGACAUGCAAAAAUCUGAAUUAAAACGUUAUAAUUCGAUAUUGAAAUAUCGCACUCAAACUUCACGUCAAGAUGAGGGAGGUAGCGAUCAAACUAAAGAACAAAAAAUAAUACACAGAUCAAAGAGUGUUGAGGGAACUAAUGAACUGGGUGAUCAAGACUCGCUUGAUAGUAAUACAGAUCAACCAGACUCCUUUGAUGAAAAUUUCACCACACCUACUCAUCAGAAAAAAGACCAAUCAUUGAAAAGAUCAUCUUCUUAUCCGUUAGUCAGAACACCUUCAGAUCCAAAUGAAGCUAAGUAUAAAACAUUAGCUAACCAUGCUGCAGGAGAAUUAUUAGCUGAGGCUUUAAAAGCUUCCAAUAUAGAACUUGAUAAAUCUGCUGAAGAACAGGCUGAAUCAUCUAAUGGUUGGCUUUUUACUGGUAUAGAAAAUGAUGUUGUUAUAUUAAGAAAGGUUUUUAAAGACAAUUCUACUGCUCAGUGUUAUUUAGGUAAAGGACUAGUUCAAGCUCCACCUAAAACAGUUUGGGAAAACCUAAAAAAUCCAAGAACUAGAUUUACAUACGAUGAAACUUUAAAGAAAGUAGAUAUUUUAGAAACAGUUUCAGACAGAAUGAAAAUAGUGUAUCAAUACCAUGAAUUACAACAGUUGUUGCGAAAAGAUUGUUGUGAAAUAGUUUUAUUACAAAGUGAAAGAAUAGAAGGAGAAAAAUAUAUUUUAUCUUACCAGUCUGUCGAUUAUAAAUUAGAUAAACCUACUGAUAACUGUACUAAACCUAAGUUAUUAUCAAGUGGUUGGAUAAUAGAACCAGCACGAAAAGAAAAGAGAAUUUAUUCCAUUGUAACUUAUCUCAUGCAGAUGGACUUUGGGCCGAAGAAAGCCAAUUCUGAAAAAUAUCCAUUUGAAGAGAUGAUUAGUAAACAACCAUCUAGUAUAUUUUAUUUACAACAAUAUUUACAUCCCGCUGUAUUAUUAGCACGACAGAAAACUCUCUGAUAUCUUCACCUUGUUCUAUGACAACAAUAUUUACAUCCUGCUGUAUUAUUAGCACGACAGAAAACUCUCUGAUAUCUUCACCUUGUUCUAUGACAACAAUAUUUACAUCCUGCUGUAUUAUUAGCACGACAGAAAACUCUCUGAUAUCUUCACCUUGUUCUGUGACAACAAUAUUUACAUCCUGCUGUAUUAUUAGCAUGACAAAAAACUCUCAGAUAUCUUCACCAUGUUCUGUGACAACAAUAUUUACAUCCUGCUGUAUUAUUAGCACGACAGAAAACUUUCAGAUAUCUUCACUGUGUUCUGUGACAACAAUAUUUACAUCCUGCUGUAUUAUUAGCACGACAGAAAACUCUCUGAUAUCUUCACUGUGUUCUGUGACAACCAUAUUUACAUCCUGCUGUAUUAUUGGUAGGUAGAAAACUCUGAUAUCAGUUAUCAGUUUUAUGCACAGGUAUACAUUAAUCAGUUGUCUUCUCAUAUAUCUUUGUUAAGAAUUACAAUAUAAAGUGUAUUAGAAACUAAGGGUUUAAGAUACGUUAUCUGAAGAUUUAUGUUUCUAGUAAACCACAUGGUUAUCACUUUGAUUUGAAAUUAAAUUUUAUAUUCAAACUGUAGCUGCUUGAUAGGGCCCUUAUACUCGAAAACUCAGUCAUCUGAUCAUGAUUUUAAAUUUACUUUUAUAAUCAAAUUGAGAUCACUGUAUUUUCUUAGAAUCUGGAUUCGUAGUCUAGUUUUCGAGAAUAAGUUCCAAUUUUCAUGUCCACAUCAAAGUUUGUGGGACUUUUUCAAAGUUAUGUAAUUUCUUUUUUUCCAAAAAUUGUCUCAAAUAUAAUUGAUAGCAGUUUCUGUGAAGUGAAAAGUUCCAGUACAUUGACUACAAUACUCAAAUGUAUAUAUAUCAAAUACUUUCUAGUUAUCUUAGCUUUAUAAGUUUAUUUAUUUACAUGGAUUUAUAGGGAAAUCCAAUACCUAUGCUGAUAUCCAUGUAUUUCCAAUUGUAGCUCUUCCAUUUCCUCUGUAAAUAUUUACAAAUGGUAAAUGAUUUUUAAUUGAAUGUAUGUAAAUAUUUACAAUGGAAAGUUAAUUUAAUGUGCAUUCAUGUAAAUACUUACUUUGGAUGGUUAAUUUUAGGACAUACAUGUUGAUUUUACAUUGGAACGUUCAUUUUAAGAUAAUUAUGUAAAUAUUU